CGUAGCAGAGGACGCCAUUAGCCUGGCUCAGCAGCACAGACUCACAGAGGCGGAAAUAUUCUUUUCUUUUUUCCUUUUUUUUUUUUUUUUUUUUAAACUCAGUAGGGGAAUUUAACCCCGUCGUUUCCCCCUGACCAUUUCAUAUGACACGAAUGUAGCUAUCUAAUGUAAGGCAGCAGGAGACGAGCUCUCGGUUUACUUUUCUUUGCUGAAGUUGAAGAAGGAGACCUCUCCACCAUGGCGGCUGGCGGCAGUACUGCUCACAGAACAUACUCCUUCAAGGUGGUGUUGUUAGGGGAAGGCUGCGUGGGCAAGACGUCUCUGGUUCUCCGUUAUUGCGAAAACAAGUUCAACGACAAACACAUCACGACCCUCCAGGCAUCGUUCCUUACAAAGAAACUCAACAUCACAGGCAAGAGAGUCAAUCUGGCUAUUUGGGACACGGCUGGGCAGGAACGGUUCCACGCUCUCGGGCCAAUCUACUACAGAGACUCCAACGGAGCCAUUUUAGUCUACGACAUCACCGAUGAAGACUCCUUCCAGAAGGUGAAAAACUGGGUGAAAGAAUUAAGGAAAAUGUUGGGGAACGAAAUAUGUUUAUGUAUAGUAGGUAAUAAAAUUGAUCUGGAAAAAGAGAGACAUGUUUCAGUGGAAGAGGCGGAGGCGUAUGCAGAGUCAGUUGGGGCAAAACACUAUCACACGUCAGCUAAAUUAAACAAAGGAAUUGAAGAACUGUUCCUCGACUUAUGUAAAAGAAUGAUGGAGACUGCACAGGUGGAGGAGAGAUCUAAGGGGAACGGGACAAGCCACGCAAGCACAGGACGAAGAGGCGUUCAGAUCAUCGACGAUGAACCACAAGCCGCUGCUGCAGCCGGAGGGUGCUGUUCAACAGGCUAGGACACCAUUCUCUCUCUCUCUCUCUCUCUCUCUCUCUCUCUCUCUCUCUCUCUCUCCAAAAUUACUGGUACUCUUCAUCUAUCACUUGUUCUCUGCUCUGUAACACUGAUGGCUGAAGCAGUGAUUUGUUUUCCUGUUGACUACAAAGUUGGAAUACAGCAUCUAAUGGAUCUUAUCAGUUACUUGUUAACUGUGGUAACCCGAUCACUCUCUCAGGCUCUCUCUCUCUCUCUCUCUCUCUCUCUCUUUCUCUCUCUCUCGCACACACAUACACAUGCGCUCUUUCUGAAUAUUUGAACACGCACUAAGAUCUGAUUUUCCAAGCUUUUUUUUUGUUGUUGUUGUACAUGUUGGGUUGAUUUCCAUGAAAGCAUUUUCUUUUAGUUAGAAGCUUUAAGGAAGUAAAGUACCCAUUAUUUAAUAACUUAAACAUGCACACUGAACUGUACUUGUGGUAAUUAGUGAGCUUCUGUCUUUCUGUCCCCAACUUCACCUCCUGAAUUCAUCGCUAAUCAGUUUUAUUAAACUUGCUCUCUAGUUGUUUUUGGACUUGUAUGUACAACAAAACAAAAUACACAUGUAUCAUAUUAAUAUUUUAUGCGCUUUUACAACUUUUUUGGGAACUCAUACAUCUAGCCACUUGCAAAAAUAUUCAGUCUUUCAUUGCAUCCAAGCAAUGGUUAAACUGCAGAAAAGGAGGACAAAGAAGGAUCAUAAUAAAGUAGCAAAGAAAAAAAGCUACACUGAAAUGUGUGGAUUGUGUAAGUAUUCAAGGCUUCAUUAGGGGUACAAGGCAUUUUGCCCACACUACUAUGUUUCAGGAUUGAUUUAAAGUCAAGAUUGUUUUCUAUGAAAGCAGCAUUUAAAAAAAUGUGAAUUUGUGAUUGUUGACCUUUACUAGUUAAUGACCUUCUUUAACUUUUUUCUUUAAUUGCCAAGACUUCUCGAGUGGUAUGGUCUAAAUUCCAUAACCUGGCUAUUAAGCCAAGACUAAAACCAUUCUAAUUUUGUAUUAUAUUUCUUUUUUUCUGAAUUAGUGCCAUUUGCAACAGUUAUCCUGAACUUACUGAAAGUUUUCCAGAGCCACAGAGCACUUAGUUCCUCCUGUAGGUGUAGUGAUACUGAAAUGUGAGUCUUCCCUAAAAAUUAAUUUAAGUUAAAAGGAGAAAGUGAGGGGUUGUUAUGCCUUUGGAACUGUCAGAAAUACAGAAUGUGUUUAACUUAGCAUGAGACUGUUGUAUUUGUUGACAGAAUUGUGUGUGUGUGUGUGUGUGUGUGUGUGUGUUUUAAAUACAGCAUUUGAAUGAUUUUUGGAGGUCUGAAUAUUUUUCCAAGUGGCUAUUGGCAUAGUGUAUAAUAGUUAAAUGAUUGUAAAAUGAAGAAUAACAAUUAUGGGUGAAAGCACACUUUUGGAACAUUAUUUUUUAUUAUUUAACUGCUUCUGUCAUUGUUUUGUAAUAGAACAAUUAUAAAAAAAAAAAAUCAGUC